UCUGUGCCGGAGAGAGGACUGACUGAUGUAGCAGGAAGCGAUAAGGAGACAUGGGGUGAGGCUUCUUGUUAAUACGAGGGAAAGAUAAAAGGCGCAAUCCCCCAGAGGAAACACAGGAGCAACAAGAAGGGAAGAUAGAUUUAUUCAGGGGUGCAGAUGUCACAUCGGGGGAAGGCGGGAGAUGAAGAGAGAAAAGACGAAGAGCAGAAAACAAACCACAUGGAGAUAAAGAGAGAAACAGGAGAGACUAGACAGAGGGCCCGGACAUUGUUAACGAGCUUAACGAGAGAGGAAACCAGCAGGAGGGCGUGGACCUGACUUAAAGGAGAGAGCGAAAGGAGAGAGGAGGAAAAAAAAAAGAAGACAAGAGGAACAUACAAAGCAAAGCAGGGGCCUCCUGGAAAAGAAACAAAGCUUCACACUUCCUCUGCACGAGUGUGUGAGGUUGCCCUCUGUGUGCUUUUUACUGUACGAGUGUGUGAGCAGGUGGGACUUUGAUGGGACAGUGAGCAAUGCCUCACACGCAGCGACAGCAGGUUGGCAGUAGGGGGCAGUGCUCCUCUUGCCUCCUCCCCCUCCUCCUCCUCCUCCUCUCCCUUGCUGCCCAGCCCAGCCGAGCAGCCAUACACAUACCCUCCAACUACCACAUAAGUGAUCUCAAGAGGCCUCCAAUGAUCACCACACAGCCGGAGUCUGUCACAGUCUUUAGCAUUGAAGACCUCGUCAUGAACUGUGAAGCCACCGGCAAUCCUCCACCCAUUUUCCGAUGGACGAAGGAUGGAGAGGAGUUUGACCCAGGCAGGGACCCAGAGCUAAAGGUGACUGAGCGCUCUGGCUCAUUCGCAUUCUACACUCUCAGUAAUACUAUGGAGACUCUGAAGCAGUACCAAGGCAAAUAUGUCUGCUACGCAUCCAACGAGCUGGGGACAGCCGUCUCUAACGAGGCCAUACUCAACACUGAUGUUCCCCCGUCCCAGCAGAAGGAAAAAAAGGUUAAUGUGAGGUCUGAAGAGGGAAGCAGUAUCGUUCUGAAGUGUAACCCUCCGCAGAGCUCUAUGGAGCCUAUCAUUCACUGGAUGGACUGGAGGCUACACCAUAUCGUGCUGAGUGAGCGUGUGGUAGUGGGGAAGGAUGGCAACCUAUACUUUGCCCAUUUGACAACGGAGGACAGCAGGGAUGACUACACCUGCAAUGUCCAGUACCUGGCGACACGUACCAUUCUUGCAAAGGAACCCAUCACUCUUACUGUAAACCCCUCCAACUCCGUACUGCGGAACAGGAGGCCCCACAUGAUGAGACCUACUGGAAGCCGCAGCACUUACCAUGCCCUCAGGGGCCAGACCGUGGAGCUUGAGUGCAUCGUCCAAGGCCUUCCAACUCCCAAAGUUAUGUGGCUGAGGAAGGAUGGCGAGAUGUCAGAGUCACGGACCGUUAAAGACAUGUUCGACCGGCGCCUGCGCUUUACUAAUAUCUCAGAGAGCGACGGGGGCGAGUACCAGUGUACAGCUGAGAACUCCCAAGGGAAAGCCACACACACUUACAUUGUGGCUGUAGAAGCGGCUCCCUACUGGAUCAAGGAGCCACCCAGCCAGUUAUAUGCCCCAGGUGAGACUGUCAGACUGGACUGCCAGGCGGACGGCAUCCCGUCUCCUACCAUCAGCUGGACCAUCAACGGGGUCCCUCUCUCAGCCAUCGACAAGGAUCCCAGACGUUCUCUGACAGCAAGCGGAUCUCUAAUCCUAAAAGAUGUCAACUUUGGAGACACUGCCAUCUACCAGUGCCAGGCCUCAAACAAGCAUGGAACCAUCCUCACCAACACCAACGUCUACGUCAUUGAGCUGCCUCCCCAGAUCCUCACUGAGGAUGGAAGUACAUACACAUUUGCAGAGGGCCAGAAGGCUUCACUGGAGUGUGAGACCUUUGGAUCUCCUAAACCUAAAGUCAUAUGGGAGAGCAGCAACACUUCCUCCCUUCUGGCGGAUCCCAGAGUGAACCUGCUCACCAAUGGGGUGCUUGAGAUCUUUAAUGUCACCCACGAGGACGAGGGCCUCUACACCUGCUCUGUACAUAACACCAACUUGUCUGUCAGUGCCGAGCUCGAAGUGCUUAACAGGACAGUCAUCCUGUCACCUCCACAGGCUCUGAAGGUGCUGCGUGGAGACACAGCAAUCUUCACUUGUCUGGCUCUCAUUGACCCUAAACUCGGCUCUCCAUUUAUUCAGUGGAGAAAGAAUGGUGAAAAGCUCAUUGAUUCCCACAGUGAUGAAAAAUACACAUCUGAUGGACCAGACUUUAAAAUAACUAACGUGGAAGAAGAUGAUGAGGGCGUAUACACCUGUCAGGUCAUCACAAGGCUUGACAUGGCUGAAGCCAGUGGCAGCCUCACUUUAUGGGAUCGCCCAGAUCCUCCUUCCCUCCUCCAGAUCACUGAUUCCAAGCACCGUUCAGUCACCCUCAGCUGGACUCCUGGAGACGACCACAACAGCCCUGUGCAAGAGUAUGUGGUUGAGUUUGAAGAUCAAGGUUUGAAGGAGAGGGGUUGGGAAGUGCUGAAGAGAGUAGGAGGAAACAAGGAGCGUGCUGUCCUCCCUCUGUGGCCCUACAUGUCCUAUCGUUUCCGGGUCAUUGCCAUCAAUGAUGUGGGAAAGAGCGGCCCCAGCAAGCCAUCUGAAAUUCACAACACACUUGCUGAAGCUCCAGACAAUAAUCCUGAAGAUGUUAGGAGUGAGUCCAAAGACCCAAACACCCUGGUUAUCACCUGGAAGGAAAUGGACAAACGUAACUUCAAUGGACCUGACUUCAGCUACCGGGUUCUGUGGAGGCGAGUGGUGGGCAGCGGGCCCAACUGGCACACCAACUACACAACCACACCAUCAUUCACGGUCGAUGGCGUUGGCAACUUUUCUGCCUUUGAGAUCAAAGUUCAGGCUAUCAAUGAGAAAGGGGAGGGACCUGAGCCAGACCCCGUCAUUGGCUACUCCGGAGAAGAUGUUCCACUGGAGGCUCCAAUGGAUGUGGGUGUUGUGCUGAUAAACAGCACUACCAUCAGAGUGAGCUGGGCAGCAGUAAACAAAGAGAAGGUCAGAGGACACCUGCUGGGAUACAAGGUCUACUUGACCAGAAAGGGCUCCAGGGGCCACCACCGAGGCCGGAGGUCCAAGGAGCCGGAGACCACUGUGGUGGUGGAGACUGGGGCCAGUGAGGAGAAGAAGGUGAUCAGUGGUCUGAGACCGUACUCCCGCUACGACCUGACCGUCACGGUAUUCAACAGCAAGGGAGAGGGACCCCCCUCUGAGGCGCUGUCCUUCAAUACUCAUGAGGGAGUUCCUGGUCCUCCUAUGUCCCUGAUGCUGGACAGCCCAUCAGAGACAGAAAUGACCCUCCACUGGACACCUCCGGGCCAGCCCAAUGGAAUGCUCAUUGGAUAUCUGCUGCAGUACCAACAAAUUGUGGAGAGUGAUGACAGCCCCAUGCAGGUAGAGACGAUAGACGACCACACAGCCACCCACCUCACCCUGAAGGGCCUGGACCGCCACAGCCACUAUCGCUUCUUCUUGAGGGGGCGCACUGCUGCAGGCGACGGUGAGCCCAUCAUGAGGGAGGGCGCCACCAUGCUGGAUGGAGUGCCUCCUGACAACAUCAGCCUGUCUGCGGGGGAAAACGCAGUUAACCUGAGCUGGGUGGCCAAGAAGAGACACAGGAAUGUUAGCUUCCAGAUCCACUACAUAAAAAAAAACGAUGGCAGUAAAUGGAAGAAAACGGAGAAGGUGAACUCCUCUCAGUCUUUCUACCGCCUCCAGGGCCUGACUCCUGGCUCUCAUUAUCGUCUACGCUUCACCUACAGCAACACCACCUUCUGGGAGACUGACAUCGUGACAGAAGGAACAGAAGUGAAGGAGGUGCAGCAAGGCUUUGCAACGCAGGGCUGGUUUAUCGGUGUUGUGAGCGCCAUUGUGCUGCUGCUGCUGACCCUGCUCAUCCUCUGCUUCAUCAAGAGGAGUAAAGGAGGAAAAUACUCAGUGAAAGAUAAAGAAGAGGGUCCGAUGGACUCAGAAGCACGGCCUAUGAAGGAUGAGACUUUUGGAGAGUACAGUGACCUAGAGGAAAAGCGCACGGCCAGCCAGCCGUCCCUGGGCGAGGAGAGCAAGCUGUGCAGCGAGGACAACCUGGACUUCAACGGCAGCAGUGCCAUAACCACCGAGCUCAACAUGGACGAGUCUCUGGUCAGCCAGUUCAGUCGGCCCAGCGAGGGUCCAGAGGUGCUGCACGGCCUGCCAGACAUCUCUCCGCUGAACCCCACCACCGUCUCCCCAGCCACCAACGGCAUGCCCAACUCAGUCACCAUCCUCGAUUAACCCCCACACAUCCAUCGGGGGCCAUCAGACCAAAACAUGUCAACACAUAUGUGCCCAUACGCUCCUGUUCCCUACUGACCUGCUGAUCCAUAGUUUAACGACUAAUAUACAAUCAAUGUAUUGACUAUUCAGAUGCCCCCGGCAGUCAUCUGAUUGACUGGACUGUCUUGACCAAAGGAGUGUCCAAAGUAGUGGACAGUGUGAUACAAGUUUGACUGACCUGAAGAUGUCUUUUGACCCCCUUUACCCUCUUUUUAUCUGUGUAGUUUACAACAUAUCUUAAUGACUAACAUUCAUUCUCUCCAGUUCUUCUCUUUCUUUCUCUCCACAGACGACUCUAUAGAAAGAUAAAGACAGAAUGCUGUACAGGUAGAAAUAUCAGAGGGAUUGUAGGUAUGGUCCUAUAGAGAUGCAGAAUAGUGCGUUGAAAGAGGAUGAUGAUGAUAGAGCCUAGCGUGGGGAGGCAGACAGCACAUGCUGCUGUGAAAAGUCUUAGAUAUUUAUCAUGCCUUAUAUUAUUUCGCACAUUUGUA